AUGUUUAUCCCCCAAUCGCAGGCCAUGAAAAGGGCCUCCUCGGCCACCCAAACCACCCAGUCUGCAUCACAAACGUACCUCGACUCGGCCACGGUGGUGUCGGCGAUUUCCAAGCUCAAUGACACCAUCGUCGUCCUUAAAAAGAAAGUAUCAUCACAGCAAACUUCAGUGGCGGUAUUGGCUUUGUUUUUUCUGGUGCUCUUGGUGAUAUGUCUCUUGGGAGGUGUGGCCAUAUGUAUCCGGUACCAAAACAGAGUGAGGGCUUCGCAAGGAAUCGAGCCUAUUGCCAAUACUAGAUGGUUAAUGGCUCCAAUGGGACCAUCAUUGAACAGCACUGUGUCUGUUCCUUCUCCUAAUAAUAAUAAUAAUAUCACCACUACCACCCAAAUGACCCAGGUAGAACGUUCCCAGCCGCAAGACUGGGAAAACCCUUAUACUUGUGAAACCACCAGCUCGGCCAAUUUCCCUAACAAUCCACAUAGAUCAAUGAGUGAGGAUACUUUGGCAGGGGAAGACCCACCAAAUGCUUCGAAGAUUGAUAUCCUUCAUACCGAAUCAUGUCCCCGCAACAUUGACGACUUUGAUAAAAAUACCUUGACCGAUGCGUCUCUGGGAACCUCAUCGCCCAAUGUCAAUCGAUACACCAUCGACAUUGAAUUUGAUCCUUAUAACCAACAAGUGGAGAAUUAUGAAGAAGCCUACCUUCCACCAGAAAAUUACCCCGUGAAUGAUGAAGAUUACGGCAAUUACCGUGAAACCCCAGAUUUUGAUCCGUUUGCUAACAGGGAAUCGUCAGUCGCUAACAAUCGAAACUUCACUCAUGAUGAUGACGAAUAUGAGGACAAUUUCAUGGCACCCAAGAAGUUUCUCACUGUUAGUACUGGACCACGGCAAUCGGUAGCCAGCUCGGUGUAUACUCGGGUACAAGGUCCGUCCUAUAAGAAUGGAUUUUAA